UAGAGAGGGAGGCAUACUUUUUGAAUUGCCUGUGGCCACCUCCGGCGAGGAAUGGCGGUAACGGUGAGAGUGAUCGGAGCUUGAAGAGGUGGCGUUCCGGGGCGUUUUUUAAGAGUGCCAAUUUAGAAGAAUAGAAAAAUGGCUGACAAUAGUGUGUUAACAUCCACUUCUGGGAGUUCAAACUUAGCAGACUCUUCCAUUUGUGAUUCUAAAGUUACUGAAACUUGUAAGGAAAACUUAUUUAUUGGACCUACUUCAUAUGUUGAAGAAGAAAUGCCUCAGGUUGAAACAAGAGUGAUAUUGGUUCAAGAAGCUGGAAAUCAAGAAGAACUUGUAGAAGCCUUAAAGACUAUUAAAAUAAUGGAUGUCCCUGUAAUAAUAAAAGAAAGUUGUCCUGGAAAAUCGGAUGAAAAAUUAAUAAAAAGUGUUGUUAAUAUGGAAAUUAAAGUGCCUUUUGUAAAGAUGGAGUCAGUGGAAGAAUAUGAAAGUUUGGAUUCUCCAGAAUUUGAAAAUGUGUUCAUAGUCAUGGACUUCCAGGAUCCUGUGUUUAAUGAAUUAUAUAAGACUGAUUCUAGAGUUAUUGGACCACCUGUCGUAUUAAACUGUGCACAAAAAGGAAAGCCUUUGCCAUUUUCAUGUCGUCCACUCUAUUGUACAAGCAUGAUGAAUCUGGUACUAUGCUUUACUGGAUUCAGGAAGAAAGAAGAAUUAGUCAGAUUGGUGACAUUGGUUCAUCACAUGGGUGGAGUUAUUCGAAAAGACUUUAAUUCCAAAGUUACACAUCUGGUGGCAAAUUGUACUCAUGGAGAAAAAUUCAGGAUUGCUGUGAGCCUGGGUACUCCAAUUAUGAAGCCAGAAUGGAUUUAUAAAGCUUGGGAAAGACGAAAUGAACAGGAUUUCUGUGCAUCAGUUGAUGAUUUUAGAAAUGAAUUUAAAGUUCCUCCAUUUCAAGAUUGCAUUUUAAGUUUCCUUGGAUUUUCAGAUGAAGAAAAAACUAAUAUGGAAGAAAUGACUGAAAUGCAAGGAGGUAGAUACUUACCGGUUGGGGAUGAAAGGUGCACUCACCUUAUAGUUGAAGAGAAUAUAGUAAAAGAACUUCCAUUCGAACCUUCUAAGAAACUUUACGUUGUCAAGCAAGAGUGGUUCUGGGGAAGCAUUCAAAUGGAUGCCCGAGCUGGGGAAACUAUGUAUUUAUAUGAAAAGGCUAAUACACCUGAGCUCAAGAAAUCAGUGUCACUGCUUUCUCUAAAUACUCCAAACAGCAAUCGCAAAAGACGUCGUUUGAAAGAGACACUGGCUCAGCUUUCAAGAGAGUCAGACCUGUCAUCCUUUCCUCCCCGUAAGCGCCCAUCAGCUGAACAUUCCCUUUCUAUAGGGUCACUCCUAGACAUCUCCAACACACCAGACUCUAGCAUUAACUAUGGAGAAACACCAAAGUCUUCUACAAAGUCUUCCAAAAAUUCCACUCCUGUUCCUUCCAAGCAGUCAGCUAGGUGGCAAGUUGCAAAAGAGCUUUAUCAGACUGAAAGUAAUUAUGUAAAUAUAUUGGCCACAAUUAUUCAGUUAUUUCAGGUACCAUUAGAAGAAGAAGGACAACGUGGUGGGCCUAUCCUUGCACCGGAAGAGAUUAAGACUAUUUUUGGGAGUAUACCAGAUAUCUUUGAUGUGCACAGUAAGAUAAAGGAUGAUCUUGAAGAUCUUAUUGUUAAUUGGGAUGAGAGCAAAAGCAUUGGUGAUAUCUUUCUUAAAUAUUCAAAAGAUUUGGUAAAAACCUACCCUCCCUUUGUAAACUUCUUUGAAAUGAGCAAGGAAACAAUUAUUAAAUGUGAAAAACAAAAACCAAGAUUUCAUGCUUUUCUGAAGAUAAACCAAGCUAAACCAGAGUGCGGACGGCAAAGCCUUGUUGAACUCCUCAUCCGACCAGUACAGAGGUUACCCAGUGUUGCGUUACUUCUGAAUGACCUUAAGAAGCAUACAGCUGAGGAAAAUCCUGACAAAAGCACUCUAGAAAAUGCUAUUGAAUCACUAAGGGAAGUAAUGACACAUAUUAAUGAGGAUAAGAGAAAAACUGAAGCUCAAAAGCAAAUUUUUGAUGUUGUUUAUGAAGUAGAUGGAUGCCCAGCUAAUCUUUUAUCUUCUCACCGAAGCUUAGUCCAGCGAGUUGAAACAAUUUCUCUAGGUGAGCACCCCUGUGACAGAGGAGAACAAGUAACUCUCUUCCUCUUCAACGAUUGCCUGGAGAUAGCAAGGAAACGCCACAAGGUUAUUGGCACUUUUAGGAGUCCUCAUGGCCAUACCCGACCCCCAGCCUCUCUUAAACAUAUUCAUCUAAUGCCUCUUUCUCAAAUUAAGAAAGUGCUGGACAUAAGAGAGACUGAAGAUUGCCAUAAUGCUUUUGCCUUGCUGGUGAGGCCACCAACAGAACAGGCAAAUGUGCUGCUCAGUUUCCAGAUGACAUCAGAGGAACUUCCAAAAGAAAACUGGCUAAAGAUGCUGUGUCGACAUGUAGCCAACACCAUUUGUAAAGCAGAUACUGAAAAUCUUAUUUAUACUGCUGAUCCAGAAACCCUUGAAGUGAAUACAAAAGAUAUGGAUAGUACAUUGAGCAGAGCAUCCAGAGCAAUAAAAAAGACUUCAAAAAAGGUUACAAGAGCAUUCUCUUUCUCCAAAACUCCGAGAAGAGCUCUCCGAAGGACUCUUAUGCCGUCGCAAAGUUCAGUGGAGGGAAGGAGUCCUCACAGCAGUGACAAGCAGGCACUGAGUCGUCUGCCUAGCACAUCAUCAUUAGCAAUUAUCCAUUCAGUUUCCAAAAGCAAUAAAAUUGGAUUUACUAAGCAUGUUUAUGCUCAGCGCUCAAACUCUACUGGUGGGCGCUCUCAAAAGUCCUGGUUUACAUCUGUACGUCAUUCUGCCUCACGAGCUAGUUUGUCAGAGACACUAAAAGGAAAUACUGGUUUUUCAAAUUUCAAAAAAGUUCUAUCCAACUCGUCUUUGAUAUUUGUGAAGAAUUAGGAGAUAUGCCAACCAGUUAUGGAAACAAGCCCCAUGAAGUUUAAUGGUAUCCCAUCACCCUCCCUUGUCAGCCUUCCUUCCUUCUUUGAAAGGAGAAGUUAUGCUUUAAGUAGAUCUACA